UUUUUUUUUCGCUUCGUGGAAUUUUCAUCAUCUCGACAAGACGAUCGCGCAACGCAAUUCUGCCAUAACUUCCUCCUCUCUCCUUCACUUCUGAAUUCGUCUUCGCCCUCUCUAAUAAAUAUUCAAACCAAUUCAUUCAAGAUGGCACCCGCUAACCUCCCCACCUCCAUGCACGCGACGUCCCAGGACAUCGAGAUGCUCUUGGCCGCGCAGUCUCAUCUCGGCUCCAAGAAUCUCCAGGUUCACAUGGAACCUUACCUCUGGAAGACUCGCGCUGACGGUGUCAAUGUUCUGAACAUUGGCAAGACCUGGGAAAAGAUCGUCUUGGCUGCCCGCAUCAUUGCCGCCGUAGACAACCCCGCCGACAUUUGUGUCAUUUCCGCCCGUCCCUAUGGUCAGCGUGCUGUCCUCAAGUUCGCCGCCCACACCGGUGCCGUUGCCAUCGCCGGUCGAUUCACCCCCGGUUCAUUCACGAACUACAUCACCCGAUCCUUCAAGGAGCCCCGCCUCAUCAUCGUCACUGAUCCCCGCACCGACGCUCAGGCUAUCAAGGAGGCUUCUUACGUCAACAUCCCCGUCAUUGCCCUUUGCGACACUGACUCCCCCACCGAGUACGUUGAUGUUGCCAUCCCUACCAACAACAAGGGUCGCCAUGCCAUUGGUUGUGUUUGGUGGAUGCUUGCCCGUGAGGUCCUCCGCAUUCGUGGUACCAUCGCCAACCGUGAGGCUCCUUGGGAUGUGAUGGUCGAUCUUUACUUCUACCGUGACCCUGAGGCUGAGGCCGAGGAGAAGAUCGAGGAGGAGAAGGUUCCCGGUGCCGAGGAGGUUGGCGCCGCUGCCAUCGAGGGCGGUACCUUCGCUGCCGCUGCCCCCGCCGAAUGGGAAGCAGCUCCUGCUGGAUUCGCUGCUGCCCAAGCUGGUGGCUGGGAUGGUCAGACCGAUGAGUGGGCUGGUGCUACCAACGCCCCUCCUGCUGGCGAAUGGGGUGCUACAGAAGCCAAAGAAAGCACCUGGUAGGCCCAGGCAAACGGCACCCCUCCGGCCCAGGAAGAGGGUGAGCAACAAGCUACCGGUGACUACAAAGAACUGAUGUUUCAUCACAAGAUGAUUAGGUGGUAGAUCAUUACUUGCUUGCCUUAUACCACCGCGUUAUUUGAUCUAAUUGGAAUUCAAGUAGCCUAGGAUUACGGGUCAACUUGACCGUACUAAUGAGGGAAAGAUAUCCAAAUUCGGGACCUGGUUUUAUACGGUUUAUUCUUUUCGGUUUUCGGUGGAAGACUUGAUUGACUUAACUUCAUUGGUAGUUGAUUAUUUUCUUCCUUGCCCCGUCCAUCCAAAGGGUUAUACCAUUGUGGAAACCAGGAACGAGUUUGGGGGAAUGCCCUGUACAGUCAAAGGGAUGGACUUAAUCGUUAUCCCGCCUUAGUUCUCCUCAGCAGUAGCUUUGCUUCCUCAAUUUAAAAAACUGAAGGAAUCAAGCAAAAGAAAACUCGGUGAUGAAUAUCUGCCCAUGAAGGUCGUUAAUGAAACAAUGCAUGGUAUUAUGAUGAACUGACUCUAAGUACCUUGAGUACUAUAGAAUUAGCCUGAUCCAGCUGGUACUAUGUAAAUAAAACCCAUGAAAAUGCAUACAUGAUUCACACACACACGAUAGAUUGAGUACCUAAGUAAAUCUACAACUGUUCCCCCU